AUGCACUCCAGCACGCCUAUUAGCUCAUUGUUCUCCUUCACCAGCCCAGCAGUGAAGAGACUGCUGGGCUGGAAGCAAGGAGAUGAAGAGGAGAAGUGGGCGGAGAAGGCUGUGGAUUCCCUGGUGAAGAAACUGAAGAAGAAGAAAGGCGCUAUGGAAGAACUUGAGAGGGCUCUGAGCUGUCCUGGCCAGCCCAGUAAGUGUGUCACAAUCCCACGCUCCUUGGAUGGGAGGCUGCAGGUGUCUCAUCGCAAGGGCCUGCCCCAUGUCAUCUAUUGCCGAGUGUGGCGUUGGCCCGAUUUACAGUCUCACCAUGAAUUGAAACCACUGGAAUGUUGCGAGUUCCCAUUUGGCUCGAAGCAGAAAGAAGUUUGCAUCAACCCCUACCAUUACCGGCGGGUGGAGACCCCAGUGUUGCCUCCAGUACUGGUUCCAAGACACAGUGAGUUUAACCCACAUCUCAGCCUCCUUGCCAAGUUCCGGAGUGCUUCCCUCCACAGCGAGCCUCUGAUGCCACAUAAUGCCACCUAUCCUGAUUCUUUCCAGCAAACUCCCUGCACCCCUUUUCCAUCAUCACCCAGUAACAUGUUCUCUCAGUCACCUAGCAGCAUCAGCUAUCCUAACUCUCCAGGAAGUUCUUCUGGACCAGGAAGUCCAUAUCAACUCACAGUUGAAACACCCCCACCUUACAAUGCAAGAGAAACACCAGGAAACCAAAAUGGACGAUCAGUGGAUGCAACAGCUGACAAUCAGUUAGUGCUAUCAUUGCCCAAUGGAGGUAAAUCUGCUGCUGGAGAAACUGAAAAUUUUCGACCUGUUUGCUAUGAGGAACCCCAGCACUGGUGCUCAGUUGCCUACUAUGAACUCAACAACCGAGUAGGGGAGACUUUCCAGGCUUCUUCUCGGAGUAUUCUUAUAGAUGGAUUCACGGAUCCUUCAAAUAACAGGAACCGAUUCUGUCUUGGACUGCUCUCUAAUGUCAACAGGAAUUCUACUAUAGAAAACACCAGGCGACACAUAGGAAAAGGUGUCCAUCUCUAUUAUGUUGGUGGCGAGGUGUAUGCAGAAUGCGUGAGUGACAGCAGCAUUUUUGUACAGAGCCGCAACUGUAACUAUCAGCAUGGCUUCCACCCAGCCACUGUCUGCAAGAUCCCCAGCGGCUGCAGCCUCAAGAUUUUCAACAACCAGCUCUUUGCCCAGUUGCUCGCCCAGUCAGUCAACCAUGGCUUUGAGGUGGUGUAUGAGCUGACCAAGAUGUGCACUAUCCGAAUGAGCUUUGUUAAAGGCUGGGGAGCGGAGUAUCAUCGCCAGGACGUUACAAGCACUCCUUGCUGGAUUGAGAUUCAUCUGCACGGACCAUUGCAAUGGCUGGAUAAGGUGCUCACACAGAUGGGCUCACCUCAUAACCCCAUCUCCUCAGUCUCUUAAGAAUCAUCUCUAGUAUUACCUAUAGGAUGGAUGCUAUUGCAGGCAGUGGCUUAUAGAAUCUCCAAUUAAAAGAAGUUUCUAUAUGUAGAUGUAAAUAUAUAUACAUAGUCUACUAUCCCUAUUUUUUUCAUGGUAUGUUUUGUCAUUUCUAGUUAACAUGAUGCUAGUAUGACAAGGUUAGAUUUCAGGGUUAGCAUGUCUGUUCUCAUAUGAAAUAAACCAGAUCCCUGCAAAGAGCUAAACAUUUCCUGUGAGCAUCUUCACUUCCCACCCAAGUCUUCGAGAGGUGAGAAUACUCAGCACGCCAUAUGGAUUAAGAACCCUCAGCUGCAGAGAACCAACACCAAGCUGUGCACCACUUAAAUCCAUUUUAAAUUCUGUGGGCUUAAGCAGGACCAAAGUGGCCUGCAGGAUUUGUGCAGAGGGUGAAUUGCAGCUGGUGAGUUAAAGGAAUAAACAGCAGUUCCAGUCUGCCUCCCUAUUUGUGACAUUCCGCAGGGUACAAUCUGGACUGUUGAACAGCUGUGUCCCCUCAUUUCUCAACCUGGCGUUGCCUUUUACACUGCUUUGCUGUGAGAACAACCACUCCUGGCCUGUUCAAACACAGCCUCGAGCAUGCAAAAUCACUCCCAGCUGAAAGAUAUGAGUGUUCUAGCCAGUCACUCCUGAAUUAUAUUAGAGUGACACCAGCAAAUUCUCAGUCCCAAACUUGUCCCCAGAAAUGUGCGGCUUGUACU